GUGGGAUGGCUGGAAGCAGGAGCCAGUGGGGCUGAGAUUGAGCUGCUUUCUUUCUUUGGAGCUGUGACUUCACUGCCCGCCCUUGGAGCUGAGAUCUGCAUUCCUACCGGAAGCCAGCUCUGUGCCUGCAGCUCCAGGACCUACCUAGGACCCGGCACCAAAGCUCCUGCCUGGCCUCCCUCACCUGGACCUGCGCUCUCCUGCUGGCUCCCUGUCAGAUCCCAAGUAUUGGUUCCCUGCUCCCAGUCUCCCUCCAGAGUCCCAGAUGAGCAGCCUGCAAGCCUAAGCUCCAAAGAGGGUCCCAGGAGCUCUCCCCAGCUCCUAGGUGGACCCAGGACACAGUCAUUCUUCUUUCCCAGGCUCAGUUGCCCUCCUGGAACCCUUCUGUCCCUCAGAAGUCCCCUCUCCUCCCCACCCAGUGUCGUUACAGUGUCCUGACUCCCAGAGCCUUCCCUGCCCUGGCCCCCUGCCAGGUGACUGAAUCCCAGACAGGAUUGUGUCUCCCACCUCAGGCUUGCCCUGGUCCUUCCUGGCAGCUCCAUCCUGGAGCCCCCCCUGUUCUCAGAUCAGGGCUGUCCAACCUUAGGUUUUUAUUGAAACAAUAGGCAAUAUAUUUUGAUUUGCCAUUUUAGUGAGAGCUCUGCCGUAGCUAGGCUUCCUUUACUUAAGCGCUGAUGUGAAUUUCUAUGCUUGUAGACGGGGUGGAUAAAUCGCGCUGUGCAGGCAGCGCAGGCAGCGUUUUGGACAGCCCUGCUUUUAGAUCCAGCAGUCAGUCUGUUGUCUAGAUUCUGCUGGGUGAGUUGGGGAGAGGGGAGGCAGGGAGGGCAGAACUCUGGCUCAGGAGCCAUUGAGGCUCUGGCUGGUCUCCUCCCCGCUUCUGCCUCCUGGGUCUCUGUAGGAGGAGGGGGCAGGAGAGAAUCAGUAAGAGGGGGAGGGGAGUAGUCUUCCUGUUCUGCCUACCUUCAUUUCCAAGCCUGACCCUGCCUGUUUCCUCCCUCACUCAGCUGGUUGGAGUCUCUGCCUGGAGGGUAGGACCAGGGUCUAUGUAAUUCCUGUGCCCUCACCCUCUGUAAAUAUCUGUAGCCCAGCCUCCUGCCCAAAAUGAGAAAGGAAGGACCUCUGCCCCGCUGGGAUCCUUCAGCCUCCCCAGCUCAGCCUGCAGAGGACCAAGGACUGAUCCAGGUUUGGAGCCUGGAGCCAGAGGGAAUGGCCCCUGGGAGCUGCAGACCCCCAGCCCAGGAGUCGGUGACGUUCAAGGAUGUGGCUGUGGACUUCACCCAGGAGGAGUGGGGCCUCUUGGACCAUCCUCAGAAGGAGUUGUACAAGGAGGUCAUGCUGGAGAAUGCCUGGAACCUACGAUCCCUGGGACUUCCAGCUCCCAGAGAAGGUUUGAUCUCCCAUUUUGGACAAGAGGAAGCACUGUGGAUGCUAGAGCGAGAAGACCCCAGAACCUCCUGUCCAGAUGAAGAGAGCAGGCUUGAAAUGAGGGAGACUACUGGCAAGCUGAGCAUUUCUGUGGAAGAAUCACGACAGCAAAGAUUCAUGAAUGAUGGUCACUGUAACCUCAGUUUGAGAGAAAUGUGUGAAUCCGAUAUCAAGAUUGAGAAAAAACAAAAGAGCCACUUGGAAUUUUGUAAAGACGGAAAGAGUUUCAGAGAAUGUUCAGUUCUAAUUCACUGUGAGAAAGUGACUUCAGGGAAUGACUGUUCUCAGGAUAGUCAAUGUAGGGAAUGCUUUACUGAGCAGGUAGAGAUUUUUGAGUCUCAUGAGAAACCUCCUGAAGUGCAAACUUAUCAAUGUUAUGAAAGCAAGAUGGCCUUCAGCUUGAAUUCAGACCUAACUGGACAUCAGAAGAGUCAUAGUGGAGACAUAAUUUUCAUGGGUAAUGAAGAUGGAAAGGAUUUCUGUCAUAAUUCAAAGUUCAUUGAUCAACAGAAGAUUGACAAUGGAGAGAAACAUUAUGGAUCUAAUGAAUGUGGCAAAGCCCUUAAGCACCACUCAUCUCUUAUUCAACAUCAUAAAUUUCAACAUGGGAAGAAUUCCAGACAGAGCUCUAGACUUGCUGAGCAUCCGAGAAUCCACACUGGAGAGAACCUUUACAAAUGUAAUCAGUGUGGAAACAUUUUCACAAAUGCAUCCAAUCUUGCUGUAGAUCCCAGAAUCCACACUGGAGAGAACCUUUAUGAAUGUAAUCAAUGUGGAAACAUUUUCACAAAUGCAUCCAAUCUUGCUGUAGAUCCCAGAAUCCACACUGGAGAGAAACCUUAUGAAUGUAAUCAAUGUGGAAAGACUUUUAGGUGCAGCUCCAGUCUUAUUCUACACCAGAGAAUCCACACUGGAGAAAAACCCUGUGAAUGUCAUCUAUGUGGAAAGACUUUUAGAUACAACUCCAGUCUUAUUCUACAUCAGAGAAUCCACACUGGAGAAAAGCCUUAUGAAUGUAAUCAGUGUGGAAAGGCUUUUAGACACCACUCUAGUCUUAUUAAUCAUCAGAGAAUCCACACUGGAGAGAACCUUUAUGAAUGUGAUCAGUGUGGAAACACUUUCAGAAAUGCAUCCAGUCUUGCUGUACAUCAGAGAAGCCACACUGGAGAGAAAACUUACAAGUGUAAUCAAUGUGGAAAGACUUUCAGAUUUAGCUCCAGCUUUGCUGUACAUCAGAGAAUCCACACUGGAGAGAAACCUUAUGAAUGUAAUCAAUGUGGAAAGACUUUUAGGUGCAGCUCCAGUAUUAUUCUACAUCAGAGAGUCCACAGUGGAGAAAAACCUUAUGAAUGUCAUCUAUGUGAAAAGACUUUUAGAUGCAGCUCCAGUCUUAUUCUACAUCAGAGAAUCCACACUGGAGAAAAACCUUAUGAAUGCGAUCAAUGCGGAAAGGCUUUUAGACACCGCUCUAGUCUUGUUAAUCAUCAGAGAAUCCACACUGGAGAGAGACCUUAUGAAUGUGAUCAAUGUGAAAAGAGUUUCAGAAAGAGCUCUGAUCUUGCUCAACAUAAGAAAAUCCACACUGGAGAGAAACCUUAUGAAUGUGAUCAAUGUGGAAAGACUUUCAGAGGGAGCUCCAAUCUUGCUCAACAUAAGAGAAUCCACACGGGAGAGAAACCUUAUGAAUGUAAUCAGUGUGGAAAGACUUUCAGAUUCAACUUCAAACUUGUUUUACAUCAGAGGAUCCACACUGGAGAGAAACCUUAUGAAUGAAAUCAAUGUGAUAAAACCUUCCAGCAACAGUCAUCCCUUAAUUUCCAUCAAAGUAUUCAUACUAGAUAGAAAUCUUAUCAUUGUAAUGAAUGAGGUAAUUCAAAUAGAACGUAAACCUUGUUCAGUCAUUUCAGGUGUGCCCAACUUUUCGUGACCCUAUUUUUGGUUUUCUUGGCAGAGAUAGUGGAGUGGUUUUUGCCAGUUCCUUCUCCAGCUUAUUUUACAAAUGAGGAAACAGAGGCAAACAAGGUUAAGUGACUUGUUCAGGGUCACACAGCUAGUAAGUGUCUGAGGUCAGCUUUGAAUUCAGGUCCUCCUGACUCCAAGCCUGGCACCCUAUCCUCUGUGCCAAAUAACUGCCCUGAUAACCCUUUUUAGACAUCAGAAAACUUAUUCUGGAGACAAGCUCUAUAUUGACUCAAUGUGGUAAUACCUUCAGUAGAGAUUAUCUCUUUCUUUGCAUCAGAAGACUCAUAAUGAACAUAUAUGAAGGUGCUGAAUGAGGCCAUGCCUUUUCAUGUAAGAGGAAGGUACCUAGACAUCAAAAUACUCACGUUGGAGGGAAGGCUUAUGAAAGCAGUGACUGUGGGAAAGCCUUGACAAUGGAGUUCAUACUUGAUUGUACAUUGGAGAAUUUAUGCAGGAGGUUGUAAUAGCAAUUUGGAUUUGAAGAUCUUUCCUACCUAUUAAUAGGCCAUGUGACCUGCCUACAUCACAGGAAGCCUAAGUCACAUGUGGUGGGAGGAGCUUGCUGAGAGAAAAGGAAAGUGUCUCACAGGAAAUGCUGAGAGAGCAGUUAUGACAGUUAGAGCUGAGGGAAAGAGAGCUGACCUGUGAUAGCUGUACUGUAAGUUUUGAUUGUUUUGUGGGAAGGUGCCAGCAGGGGGAGAGAGAUUUUGAGUUGGCAAGGCUCCAUACUGCGAUUAUUAUGUAUUGAAUUCUUUGUUGCUGUGAUAGGUCGGGCAAAUGGCUUAUGGGAUAUGGUUCUCUGAUGUCUGAAUUAUUUACCUCUUCUACCUUCUAUGUGGAGAGUCUCAUAUACUUUGCAAUACAGAACCACAUAGGCAUUUUGACAUUAUCAUCUAUAUUGUUAUUAUUUCCUUACUGAUACAGAGGUAAAACUUAUGAAUCUAAUUAAUGAGGGAAGACCUCUUCAGUGCAGAUAUAAUUAGAUGUCCUAGAUUUCAUACUGUGCAUAAAUCCUAUAAAUAUAAUGAAUUUUUCUCUGAAAUACUCUUGUUUAUAUUGAUAAUAUUCUGUAGCAUUCAUAUACCUUAAUUUCAUUGGCCAUCCCCCAGUUGACUAACAUUCACUUGUUUUUAAUUCUUUGUUGACAUAAAAAAAUUCUGGUAUAAAUAUUUUGGUAACAGUUGGACAUUAUUUCUGUAAUGAUUUCUUUCGGCUAGUGGGUGGCACAGUGGAUAGCUGUUGUUGGGGCUGCAAGUCGUGAUUUAAAAUUCAUUCUCUGAUGCUAGCUUUGUGACACUGGGCAAGUCAUUUAACUCAUCACUUCCUCAGUUUUCUCCAUCUGUAAAAUGGGUAUACUAGAAAGUAAAGCCAAGGUGGCAGAAUAAAGGCAAGGUAAUUCAUAGACCAGAGCACAGGCCAGGAGAAGUAAACACACCUCUCCUUAGAUCAUACCACCUUGGAGGUGCUUAAAACUUAAAGAGCCCCAGAACUAGCUCUGGAAACAGCUGCACAAAAAAACCUAAUGUUUGGGACAGUGCCCCCUUCACCCCAGGAGCAGAGCUGAACAAAUUCUGGUAUAUGAUUGUGGUGGAAUACUAUUGUGCUAUAAGAAAUGCCAAGCAGGAUGCUCUCAGAAAAACCUGGGAAAGACUUACAUGAACUGAUGCAAAAUGAAGUGAGCAGAACCAGAGCAUUGUACACAGUAACAGCACUAGAUGAUCAGCUGUGGAGAGCUUUGCUCUUCUCAGCAUUAUAAUGAUCUAAGACAAUUCGAAGGAUUUGUGAUGAAAAAUGGUAUCCAUCUUUAGAGAAAGAACUGAUGGGAGUCUGAAUGCAGAUCAAAGUAUAUCUUUUUGCUUUAUUUUUCUUGCGGUUUGUUUUCUUGUCUGUUUGAUUUCACAAUGUGACUGGUAUGGAAAUAUGUUUUGCAUGACUGUACAUGUAUAACCUAUUUCAAAUUGUUUGCCUUCUAAUUGAGGAGGGAGGGUUAGGAGAGAGGAGGCAAAUUUGGAACUCAAAACUUUUAAAAAUAUUAAAAAUUUAUUUUUACAUGUAA